GCCGGCGGUUGCCCCGGCCUGCCCAGCGGCUGGUACAGACGCGGCCCCGACGCCGCCGCGCCUCACAAAGCCCCGCCCGCACCGGCCGCUGGCUGAGCCAGCACGCAGCAUCGCCGCAGCAUGCAGCACGGUGCUUCUGGCGUCGUGGCGCAUGCUGUGCUGCACAGGCGGCCCCGACGGAGGAGGAGGCGUCUGACUCAGCGUGAGGGGCACACGCGCGUCGGCAUGCGGCGGGCUCGCCUGUGCCGCAGCUCCACGCGAUGAGCAAAGCAUGCCGCGGCGUGGCGCCCGCGCCCGCUGCGCCAUGAGACACGCCUGGACCUCGGGCUCGCUGAGCGCGGCACUCGACUGCCUGCGUCCCAGCGUCCUCCGCACGCACAGCACUGCAGACAGACGUCCAGACGGAGCCACGGAGGCGUCUGGCGACGCCUUAGCUCAGCGCCGGCCGGCGAGCCGCGCCUUCCAAAGGUCACUUGGACGCGCGAGGAGCACGGUCGAGAUCCCCACUCUGCUGCUGCUCGGUGGCUGCGGCCCACCGCCUGUCUUCAUCGCUCCCACGCAUGCAAUCAAGAGACUGCUCGUGGCGAGUCUGCCCGCCUUGCGCAUGGCUGCAGCGUGGCGGAGGUCGCUGCAGAUGCAGCAUCUCAGGCACGCCCUGUCGCGCAUUGGAUCUCAGCCGCAGCUCGCGACAGUCGAGUCCGGGCCGCCAUCUCACACCGCCAAGCACUAUUCAAGGAGCAGCAGCAUGCAGUGGGCAACGCAAAGGAACGAGGGCUGCUGCCGCCGCUGUCUCCUGUGCUGUGCCAUCCGAUGCUGGGUGGUGAGCACAGGCUCGCCCGUGCGAUACCGAGAGAAAGGAGCAUGAGACACGAUCCGGCGCCAGCAGCGGAGUGAGGCGAGCGUGGGCAUGUGUGGCGCUCGCUGUCUGCGCCGACACCCGGGCGCCACUCGCGCCACGCAUUCAGCCUGAUCGUCAAAU